AUGAAGGGCGUCGAAGAUUCAGUUUCUCAAGAUGAAGGGUUCGCGUCUGGUGGGACGUUCCAGAAUACCUCAGCGACCGACGGCGACGAGAUUGCCCUACGUGCAAUUGACGGUUAUGACAGGGAACUACGUGCAAUCAACAAAAAAAUUUUUGACAAUCCAGAACUCGCAUAUGAAGAAUUUAAAGCGCACGAUAACAUUGUCACGCUUUUGCGGUCCCUCAAUUUUGAAGUCACUCCACACGCUUUCGGUGUGAAAACAUCUUUCUCCUGUGAAGUUGGCCAAGGCGGCCGCGUUCUCGUGUACAAUGCAGAGUAUGACGCACUCCCCGGUAUUGGACAUGCUUGCGGCCACAACCUCAUUGCAGCCUCAUCCAUCGCAUCUUUUCUAGGUGUGGCCACUGCGCUCAAAGCUGCCAACAUCCCCGGGCGUGUCCGUCUGUACGGCACUCCCGCCGAGGAAGGGGGGGCCGGCAAAGUCGAACUUAUUAACGCUGGUGCGUACAAAGAUGUUGACGCCUGCCUGAUGGUCCACCCUGGGCCGCCGAUGCCUCCCCCAGUAAGUUUAGGCGGCCAAGGCUGCUGCGUGCCCUCUGGAUCCGCAUAUGCCACAUCACUCGCCAACACAAAGUUCAAUGUCACUUUUACGGGUCGCGAGGCGCACGCUGCCAUGGCACCGUUCCAGGGACGAAAUGCGCUCGAUGCAGUGGUGCUUGGUUACAAUGGCGUCAGUAUGCUGCGUCAACAGACGCGGCCGCAUGAUAGAAUUCACUCUGUGAUUCUUGAGGGUGGUCAACGCCCGAACGUCAUUACAAGCUUUACCAAAACACAAUACUAUGUGCGUAGCGCAAGCUUGAAAGAGGCGACAGCACUUGAAGGAAGAGUUAAAAAAUGCAUGGAUGGAGCAGCGAUUGCAACGGAAUGUGAAGUUGCGUAUGAAGUCCACAACGCUUAUGCAGAUCUUCGACCCAAUCGUACGAUAUGUUCCCUGUACGCGGCCGCUAUGGCAAACCCAUCUAUCAACUCCCCCGUUGUCUGUGACUUUGAGCACUCUCAACCGUUACCUGGGUCGACCGAUCAGGGCAACGUGUCGUAUGUGGUUCCGAGCUUUCACGGGGGGUUCGCCAUCCCUUGCCCACCUGGAGCAUACAACCACACUAAGGGCUUUACAGCGUGCGCUGGCACAGAAACGGCGCAUGAUCUGGCCAUGCAAGCCGGUAAAGGCAUGGCGGUUGCUGGAUGGAGAAUCCUCUGCGAUGACACUGUGGCAGUAGAGAUCUGGAAUGACUUCAAAAAGGACAGGGCACUAGACGAAAAUAACAACUAUUAG